AAAACAAAAGAAAAAUUAAGGAAAAACGGGAAUUUUUACGCAAAAUUUGUUUUCGAGAAAAUUUUGGUUUUUGGUGCAACUCUAAAACGAAUGACCGUAGGUACAUGCAAUUUUGACUGAAUGUUUAUAUUAGCAUUUUCUAUACACCAUAACAUUUCCCAAAUAUUUUGACUUAUUUUGAGCUGUUUACGGACAUUUUCAGUUUCCAUUUUUUUAAGUUUUUUUUUGCUAAAAAUAUCAAUAAAAUUUUAUCUGUUGGGUAAAAAAGCUUGAAAAUUUAAUAGAAGGCUCAUAGGUUAUUGUUUCAAAGGCAGAUGAAAAAAAUUAAAAAUCCUUAGUCACAGUUUUUAUUUAUAAGCAUUUAAAGUUCAAAUAUUGACAAAAUACGGAAAAAUCACGAAAAUUAGCAAAUUAUUUUGAGUUGAAAAUUCAUAAAAUUUUUCUUUUUAAAUCUAAGAUUUGAAAAUGUAAUAAGUACCCAUAAGUUUGUCUACCUUUAUCAAAAAAAAAAUGUCUACAAGAAAGUCAAAUUAAAUUUUUAUGAGCGUUUGAAAUUCAUAUUUUUACAACAUAUUUUGAUAUUCACUCGAUUUCUUAUGUAACGAUUUUCUUAUUUUGUUGUAAUUAAAAAACGUAUGACUGUAGAUACUUGAAAAUUUCACUGAAUGUUUAUAUUAGCAUUAUCUAUACACGAUAAAAUUUUGAAAAUAAUUUGACUCUUUUUGAGCUGUUUACGGACAUCAUCAGUUUUAAAUUUUUUUAGUUUUUUUUUCUAAAAUAUCAAUAGAAACUGAAAAUUAAAUGUAUUCUAUAGUGCAUAUAAAGACGAUAUAUGUGACACCAAAAUUAGUAGUACAACAAAAUUUAAUAUAAACCCAGGUUUAUCAAUGGAACAGAAAGGAAAAUUACACACAAUAGUACAUAAAAAAGAAAUAAUAUAUGAAGAGGGGGAAAUGGUUUUAGUAAAAGCAGAAGUAAGAAAUCGAAAUUUUAUUUCAGAUAUCGGGGCCCAUAUAAAAUAGUUAAAAAAAUUUCAAAUGUGGUAUACCUAGUCGAAAUAGUUAGGAAUUCAAAAUUGGUUAAUGAUUAUAAACACGUGAGUCGGAUCAAGAAAUUUAGAGAUCGUAUUACUUAAAAUUCAGGAAAAGGGAGUGUUAUUAUUUGUAAUUUUGCGAUUAGAAAAAUAUAUACAAAUAUAUCAUCUGUAAAGGUAAAGAAAUUAAAUAGUUAACAAUACGAAGCAGUAAGUAUAAUAUAAGUGAAGUGAUAUAUGUGAAAAAAAUGUAUUAAUUAUAAGUGUGUAUGAGAAAAUAAAGAUGUUAAUAUGAAAGAAUAUAAUAUGCAAAAAAAAUAUAUUAGUUAUAAUAUUAUAAAUUAAGGAAAUGUAUAGGAAAAUAUGUUAAAAUAUUAAAGUUAAAUGUAUAUGUAAAAAAUAAAAAUAUAAGAAAAUAAUGUAUUAAAUAUAAGAGAAGAUGUUAUAAUCAAGAAAAAUUUAAAGUCAAAGAUGUAUUAAACUAUUAAACAUAAGAGAAUAUGUUAAACAAAAAAAAAAUUGAAUGUUAAAUGCGGAAUGAAAAAGGAAUGUAUAAUAUUAAAAUCUUGAUUAGAAACGAUAGGGGUAUUAUUAGUAGUAAGGGGGUAUAUUAUUAUAAUGUAAUAUCAUAUGUAAAAAUAUUGGUUAAGGUAAAAUAUAUGUAAAGAAAAAAGUACUAGAUUAUAUGUAAAAAUAAAAAAAAAUAGGAGCUACCUAUAUAAUGUGAAAGGUAUCUAGUUUUAUUAAAUGCACGGUAUUAUAGUUAAUACAAUACACCUAAAACCCUACAGGCUGAGCACUGUACAACUGACCAAGCGGCACGACACACAGAAUCACAGCCUAGUCAACUUCGGGCAGCGAUGAUGAAUAAAUUUCAACCAAGUACAGUCAAAGGUGUCAUACAGUACAAAGUGCUCAAAGAUGACAAGUAGAUAUAGUAUUAGGGUAAAAGAUUUUUAAAUGACUCAUGUUUUUCUUUUUUAAUUUUUAAGGGAGGGGAUCAUGCAGCGGAUCACAUAUAGGUGACACCGUUUCAUGAUAAACUAUUAAACUGUACAGUAUAAGUAUAAAUAAUAACAAUAAUAAGAUAAAACAAGGCUUAUAUACGUAGUAUAGUUAUCCGGGUAUACGCAUAUACACAAACAAUUGUUAGCAUAUAUAAGAGACACACCGUGUUAAGUUCGUUAGUUCUGGGACCAGUACCCACAGGCCGACGAACUCCGGAUGACGACACUGUUAAGAAUUCUUAACAAUUCGUAUCAAUAAAUUUAAUUGAUUUCGAAAUUGAUAGUAAAACCAGAUUUUAGCUUUAAGUCUUUCAAGUGCCGAACUUAGUAAACAAUUAGCAAUGCAAAAUACAAAGCAAAUUCCGGAACACAGUAAAUUUGCAACAUUAAAAUACGAAUGUAAAAACUCGUCGUAUGCGGAAAUAUUGAAAGUAUUAAAAUCCUUACGCAAAGAUGAAGAGUUUGAUAUUAAACUAAAAACAGAUGAUGGUAGAGUUAUUUUCGCCCAUAAAGUGGUUUUAUCAUCGGCUAGUCCAUAUUUCCACACAAUGUUCAACAAUUUUUCUGAAAAGAAUCAAGAUUUUGUUGUUAUCAGAAAUAUAGAUUCUACUGCCUUAAAGCUCAUAAUCGACUUUAUAUAUUCUGGGAAAAUAAUGGUCACUGAAAAAAAUGUACAGGUUUUGUUACCAGCAGCGAAUUUCUUUCAGUUAAUAGAAGUAAAAGAGACAUGUUGUGAUUUUUUAGAGGCACAACUGCGCAUUACAAAUUGUAUUGGUACAUAUGUGUUAGCUGAUUUACAUAGCUGUAAGAAAUUGUUAACAAUUUCAGAAUCAUAUAUUCAACAACACUUUUCAGACGUGGUAGAUGCAGACCAAUUCCUAUCCUUAUCCCCCGAACAUGUAGCCAAUUUGAUCUCCAGUGAUGAACUUAUAGUUCUAUCUGAAAACAUAGUAUUUGAAUGUGUUAUUCGAUGGGUAAAACAUGAUUUGGUUUCCAGAAAAAGUAUUUUACCCCAUUUAAUGGAAUAUGUACGUUUACCAUUAACUUCAUUAAAUUACAUAAUGAAAAAUGCAGUGGAGGAGCCUCUUCUUAAAAAUUGUCCUAAUUGUAAGAAUUACGUAAAUGAGGCAUUAUAUUUUCAUUCACUUAAGCCGGAUGACCCUAUUCCACAAAACAUCCGGACUAAACCUAGACUGGGAGAUAAAGUUAUUUUUGUGGUUGGUGCACUCGGGUUUAUACAAGGAUAUGGCGUUAGUACAGAAUGGUACGACCCAAAAAUCAACCGAUGGCAGUAUUUUACAUCAAUUAUGGCACCACAUUUUCUUGGUGGUCUAGCUGUAGUAAAAGACAAUUUUGUGGUUGCUGUGGGUCGUAUUGGUUAUAGUCUUGAUUUACCUUGUCAAUCUGUUAAUGUGCUAGAUGUAUCUUCAGAAUCACCUCAUUGGAAACCAACCACUAACAUGUUAGUCAAACGCCGAAAUUUAGGAGUUGGUGUGAUAAAUGAUUAUAUAUAUGCCGUUGGCGGUUCUGAUGAAAACAGUUGUGUAAAUAGUGCAGAAGCUUUUGACUGCAGAACUCAAACAUGGCGUAUGAUAUCUAGUAUGUGUACUAGAAGAGAUAGUGUUGUGCUUGGAGUACUGAAUAAUCUUUUAUAUGCGGUUGGAGGAUGUAAUGGUCGAGAUAACUCAAUUCAGUAUUUGAAGUCGGUUGAAUGUUACUAUCCCAGUAUCGAUACAUGGAAACCAGUCGCAGAAAUGUGUGUACCACGCAUUGCUGCUGGUGUAGGAGUCUUAGAUGGUAUACUGUAUGUUGUAGGUGGUUAUGAUGGAACAAAUACUCACAAGAGUGCUGAAGCAUACCAACCAAGUACUGGAGUUUGGACUACUAUUCCGGACAUGCAUUUUUGUCGAUAUUAUCCAGUUGCAGGAGUAACUGUAUUAAAUGGAUUAUUGUAUGUCGUCGGUGGUUGCGACAAAAAUACUCCUUCUUUGGAUUCUGCAGAAUUUUACAACCCCAACACGAAUACCUGGACUAUGGUCACAGCGAGAUUGAAUAAAUCACGAACUUUUUUCGGAGUAGUAGCCAUUGAUAGGUCACGAUAUUUUAAAACUAAGCGUUCAUAAUUAUUUUGAUUGAAUUAAUAUUGAUAUUGUCUUUUACCGAUUGUAAGAGUAUAUAUUUUUUGUUUUCCUAAUAAAUCAUAAUUGUAGUUUUUAA